AUGGUUGCAAAUACAGUAGCUGAUAUGACUGGAUCCAUAUACCAUGAAAGACAAGUAAAAGAGCUUUGUGCUUUACAUGCAUUGAACAACUUGUUUCAAGAGAGAGGAUUUAGUAAACAAGAAUUAGAUAAGAUUUGUUACAAUUUAAGUCCAGACGUAUGGAUUAAUCCUCAUAAAUCAUUGUUAGGGCUUGGUAAUUAUGAUAUUAAUGUUAUUAUGGCAGCAUUACAAGAAAAAGGACGAGAAGCAGUUUGGUUUGAUAAACGCAGAGAUCCACAAUGUCUAUGUUUAGACAACAUUGAAGGCUUCAUAUUGAAUGUACCAACAGAAUAUAAAUUAGGAUUCGUAUUACUUCCUUUGAAAAGGCGUCAUUGGAUUGCCUUGAAGAAAAUUCAUGGUGCCUUUUACAAUCUCGAUUCGAAGCUUGAUUCUCCACAACUCAUAGGAAAGGAUCAUGAUUUACUCUUGUAUCUGAAGGACCAGAUAGACAGCAAGGAGAAGGAGUUGUUUCUUGUUGUGUCAACAGAAGUAGGUAGUAAUCAAGGAUGGUUAAUGAAUACUUAUGCAAACAAUGAGGGGAUCAGUACAGAUCAUGAUUCGGUUACAUACAUUGAAAAUGGUUAUACAGGUGUAGACUUGAAAAAGGAGGAGUCCAAAGAAAUGAAUGAAAAUGAAGAAUUUGUAGAUAAUAAAAAUUCUAGGUAA